UCGGGCUUCCGUUGCCGGCAGUUUCCGCUUCCGGUGGCGGGAGGGAGGGGGCUGGGUGCCGGGUGCCGUCGCCUUCAGCAUGUCGGAUCUCAUCAUCAACGUCAGCUUCGGGCUCGCCGCGCCCGCCCGCCGCGACCCGGCCGGGAACCGCAAGCACAGAAACUUCGUGAGGCGGCGGCGGUUGGAGCGGAAGCGUGCGCUCGGGCAGAAGCAGCGCCCGGCAGCACCGCAGCCCGGAGGGGGCCUCCCGAGGAAGCGCGGCUGCAGAGCCCGCGGGAAGAGGAGGCCGGAGGCGGGCGGCGGGGAGCGGGAGGAGCACGAAGAGAACGACCCCCCUGGGUCCUCCGGCGGCACUAAGCCUUCAGCCCGCAGCACCACGCAGGAAACGGGCACCAAAGGGUCGCAGCGAGCAAAGAAAGCCACCAAGGCCCUGGUGCGAGCCCCCGGGCUGCCCCCGGCGCCUAGCAAGUUUGUGGCGAUCGACUGCGAGAUGGUGGGCACGGGGCCCGGUGGGCGCAACAGUGACUUGGCCCGCUGUAGCAUUGUGGACUAUGAGGGUGACGUGCUGUACGACCGCUACGUGCGGCCCGCAGAGCCCAUCGUGGACUACCGCACCCGCUGGAGUGGCAUCCGCAAGCAGCACAUGGCCAACGCUGUCCCCUUCUGCAAGGCCCAGCGGGAGAUCCUGAAGAUCCUAUCUGGGAAGGUGGUGAUUGGCCACGCCAUACACAAUGACUUCAAGGCUCUGAAGUACUCUCACCCCAAAGUGCUCACCCGUGACACAUCCAAAAUCCCCUUAUUGAACCAAAAGGGUGGGUUCCCCGAGGAUGUCUCCAUUUCCCUGAAGCGCCUCGCCAAGGAACUGCUGCACAAAGAUAUCCAGGUUGGCAAAAGCGGACAUUCUUCAGUGGAGGACGCCAGGACCACCAUGGAGCUGUACAAAGUCGUGGAAGCAGAGUGGGAGCAACACUUGAUGCUGAACUCUGAGCAGGAGUGACUGCCCCACAGUCCAGCGCAGACCUCGCAGGGUUCUCAGAGCCUGGAGCCAGUGGGAGAAAGAAUAGGAUGGAGCAGAGGCAGAAAGUGCUGUGGGGCACUGCAGCCCCCUGGUAGUGGGGAUAGUGGCAUCAUCAAGUUAUGACUGUCCUUUCUCCCUACUCUGAGCAUUGCACAUGCCUUUGUUAUACUGCGCUCUGUACCCCACCAGCAAUGUGGGGAGAGCAGGGGCCACCUGUGCCUUCUGGGGGUCUCUCCAGUCCCAGAUCAGCUCUGGGCUGUCAGAGCCUUAUGGGACCCCAAUCACGUUUGGGUGCCCAAGCCUGGCUGUACCAGGUAGAGCAUUCCUGGGAGAGCAGCUGGGGGGUCCUUGUGGACAGGGGUUCUGCCCAGCUGUGGGCAGAGAGAGGACAGGGACAGCUCCAGCUACAGCACUGGGGCCGUGCCAGCCGGGCUCGUCCUGACAGAUCCAAACCCAGCAAGUAACCUCUCAUGUCCUCAGGCCAGUUACCUCCCAUGUUUCAUAACUACCUCUGACAAGGACCAGCAGGGGCCAUGACUGCCACAGGGCUCCGGGACACAGGACGGGCUGAGGCAGGUCCCGCCAGCCGGGAAGUCCCCACGCUCCUGGGAGCUGCUCCCCCGUGGGAUUUGAGUGCUGCCUUCCUCUUUUGCGUAAGUGCUGCUGCGGGGGCUGGGGCGGGACCGCUGUCCCCAUCCGUCUGUCUGUCCGUGCCACUGGGGACGCCGUGUCCUUCACGGACACCUCUGAACGCCGACAUGUAUUUGUUUGCUGAACUCUUGAACGUGCCCCGAGUUCUCGGUCUGCUCUGGUUAGCCCACCGUCGAGCUGCUUUGAAGUGAAAUGUUUAUGUUCAAAAUGCCCAUUAAAAAGAAAUGAUUAACAAGCCCUUCCUUUCUGCAGCGGUGGGGAUGGAGAGGGCUGCAGGGCCCUGGGGAAGGUGCUUAGCCCCGAGUGCACGGGAAGCGGUGCAGCCUGCACCCGUGGGGCAUGUGACGACCGUGUCUGUCCCCCCCUGCGUCCCAAAUUGCCAAGCUUGGCCGUGUAUGGAGCAACAGGGGAAGCAGGAGGCACUUCCCACAUCCCCAGCUUGCAGGCUCUGCGUGAAAUCUUGAUGUUGUUUGAAGUCAAAGCAGUUCAGGAGGGGGCCAGGGAAGGGCUUGCAAAGGAACAGGCACCGGCCUCGGCAAGGUCAGUCCCAAAAUGGGUUGAGCAGGGCUGCAGGCACGGGCUGCUCCCCCACCUCUAAAUCCUGUUUCUUGUGACCCCAUUUUGGGGCCAGGGCUGCACAGAGAGGGGAGAGGUGCCCAUGCCUGGUGCUGAGCAGCAGAGCUUUGUCCUUCUGGGCUCCAAGCAGGCCCCUGGUGCCUGGGGUGACUGCUGUCAGCCGUCACCCACCACCUGCCAGCAGCUGCUUCGUGCUGACCUUUCCUGUACCUCUUCUUUAUGCCCAGGUGUGAGCCAGCCCUACACAGGGCUCUGCAAAGUUCCAGCAAUACUGGGACCGGUGUGCAGAGCCCAGGCUUCCUCCCCUUAUUUCAGGCUGUGUGGACAGAGCUGUCCCCAGCUGGUACCCCCCAUCUGCACCUGAGCCCCAUAGUGGAGAGAGACUGGGAGUGGAGGAGAAGAGGGGUUUGGGGAGCAAAAUGGGUCCUGACCCCAGCUCUGCUGGGCUUAAGCUGGGUUCUGCUCUCUCCUUCCUGAGGCCCCAUUAACAGCAAGAUGAAAACAUCACACUGACACUGUCCCUAGCUGGUGGAUGCACUGUGCCCAGGGCAGAGUGGGCUGGGGACCGGCAGAAUCUUCCCCUUGAGCCCCCCACUGCCACCGUUCCCUUGGCAAUGAGCUCUGCCCACCCAGGAUCCUGCUGGUGUGGCAGCAGGAGGGAGCCUCGGCUCUCAUUCCCUUCCCUGCAUGAGGAGUGGAGCAGCCAAAACCAACAUGCCCAGCCCAGGCUGCUCGCCCUCUGCACCUCCUCCAUCACCACAGCUCCAGCUGGUGGGCGCUGCCGGAGCGAUGCCGGUGCUGAGUGGACCCUGGGAGCGCAGCCAGCCUGACCGGGGCAUCCCCGUGCGUAGCUAGACACGACGGGCCCGAAUGCACGUCACAUUUUCCAGUGUUUCGGGGGUGUUUAUGCCUUUAUGCUCAACUCUCAGCAUGUUCCAGGCAAGGAUAAGGGGUGGGAGCGACAAUCGUGGCCGGAAUAAAACGCUUCCCAACCUCCAGAUGUUUGGCUGCAUGACGAGAGCGGCCGAGCGAGAGACACUCGUUAAAAAUCUGCCGGGUUUGGGGAUGUCUGGGUCACUAGGAGGGGACAGUGGGGGCCCUGGUGUAAAGGAUAGGGCCAGACAGCAGAGACCGAGGGGGAAUUCUGUGGUCACAGCACCCGGAGCCCUGCAGGAUGCUUUCAUUUUUGCUUUUAAACAUGGGGGUGCCGGUGAGGGAUGCCCAAGCCAUGCAGUCAGGGGACAGAGGAGCAGGCAGCACGUUACCAAGCAGCCGUGCACACGUGUCCCUCGUGCAGUGUGCGUCCACUGGAGAGCUGUUGUGGCCCCAAGCACAAAGGAAGGUGAGGAGGCACCGGAGAGGCCGGGAGCCUUUGUGUCUGGCUGCGUUUGGAAGCAAUUAAAGUAGGGUGGGAGUUUACAA